AUGACAACGUCACCAACCAACCUCGAUUUUGGCCAUGUGCCCUUCUUGGACUUGGCCUACGACAACAAUGAAUCACAAGACUCGGCUCGAAAGCUCAUCCUGACACUCAUGCCAGAUUGGGCCAGCCAAGACUCAAACGUUGAAUUUGUGCGCUUCACUGAUGGCAUCACCAAUACUCUGCUAAAAGCCAUCAACCACCGUCCUGGCAUGUCCAAGCUUGAUGUUGAUCGGGAUGCUAUUCUACUCCGAGCCUACGGUCAUGGAACUGCCGUUCUUAUUGACCGUGAACGUGAGGCCGAGAACCAUGAGUUGCUCAUGAGAUAUGGUCUCGCUACCCAGUUGCUUGCCCGUUUCAAGAAUGGCAUGAUGUACCGUUAUAUCUUGGGUAAACCUGCACGUGCCCAGGAUCUUCGUGAACCUCUAAUACUAUCUGCCAUUGCUCGUCGCCUUGCACACUGGCAUGCAACUGUACCUUGCUUGCCGGACCCCAAUCACAGCCGAGACGAUAGGCAUGUAAAUGGUGAGGCCAAACUCAAUGGACUUGCCAAUGAACAGAUUGAUAGUACUGCCCCUGGAAAGGCUCCGCCUAAUAUGUGGACAACCAUGCAGAAAUGGAUCUUUGCCUUGCCCACUGAUACGGAUGCUCAGCGGCAGAGGCAAGCGCUGCUCCAGGCAGAGUUGAAAGAGAUGGUCCAAAAACUGAGCCAACGGCCUGGUCUGGGCAAGAACGGGCUUGUCUUUGCGCACUGCGACCUGCUGUGUGCCAACGUUAUCAUCCACGAAGAAGAUGAGGCGGCCCCUACCGUCGACUUUAUCGAUUAUGAGUAUGCUACACCAUCGCCUGCGGCUUUUGACGUGGCGAACCACUUUGCAGAGUGGGCAGGGUAUGACUGUGACUACUCGGCUGUACCCAGACAAGAUCAACGACUUGCAUUUGUAAAGGAGUACAUCAAGUCUUACUUUUCUUUGACAGGCGAGAAGGUCGAUGAAGAGGAGGAGGUUCGCAAACUCAUGACCGAGGUCGAUGCGUACCGAGGAGUGCCGGGAUUCUACUGGGGCAUCUGGUCUCAAAUCCAAGCUGUCAUUUCCAAGAUUGACUUUGACUAUGCUCAAUAUGCCGAACUGCGAUUGAGCGAAUACUGGGCAUACAAGGGCGAGGAGGAUGGCAGCCGAAAAGCUUCAGGCCAAGAAAUGCCAUUGAGGGAGAAGACUUGGUGGCGUACUGAGUAG